UAUUUGUUAGAGCAAUUUUAGAUUUGCAGCAAGAUUGAGUACAAGGUACAGAGAUUUUCCAUAUACUGCCCAGCCCCCCCGUGGUUCACAACCCGCUGGGGAGCUUCCUGGGUGAAAUCUGACACUGAAUGCGAGGGGAGGGGGCAGGGAAAGAUGGAAGAAAAAGGCGGGCCACUCCAGGUGGGUGGAUAGCAGUUUUAAUGGCAAAAGGAACUUACACACAAAGGCUUGUCUUGGGCGGCAGCAUCAGCAUCAACAUUGGAUCCCCGCACCUGCCCACCACAUCUGAAGUUUAUAAAGAGGACUUACAUGGGCUUAGUCAAGUAUAGUGUGCAGGUGUUCUCAACACCACAUCACUAUCCCAAGGCUGUGUCCUUGGAGUAGCUUGUGGGAGCAGGAAAGGCAUGGGGAACCCACAUUCCAAAGAAGGGAGUGGGUGAGUCACCUUCCAUGUUCAACUCACAGGUUGAUAGGCAGUCAUGUCUUUUUGAUGACCUCCCCCAACACCCCUGCCUCCACAUAUGCACAGCCUUCUCCAAUAUCAAAAUUCUGCACCAGAGUGGCACAUUUGUUACAAUCAGUGAAGCUACAUUAACACAUCAUCACCCAAAGUCCACAGCUUACAUUAGGGCUCACUCUUGGUGUCGUACAUUGCAUGGGUUUUGACAAUUGUAUGAUGACACUUAUCCACCAUUAUAGUUUUGCUGCCCUAAACAUUGUUCUGUGCCCAUUGAUCCGUGUCCCCCCAAUGCCUGGCAACCACUGAUCCUUUCACUGCCUGCCUUCAUAGUUUUGCCUUUUCCAGAAGGUCAUACAGUUGUAAUCAUAUAGUAUGUAGCCUUUUCAUCUUGGCUUCUUUCACUUAGUAAAAUGCGUUUACAUUUCCUCCAUGUCUGUCUGUGGCAGGAUGGCUCAUUUCUUGUUAAUGCUGAAUAAUGUUCCAUUGUCUGGAUAAAUUAUACAGUUUCUUUAUCCGUUCACUUAUUGAAGGACAUCUUGUUUGCUUCCAAGUCUUCGUGGUUAUGAAUAAAACUGCUGUCAACAUUUGUGUACAGGUCUUUGUGUGCACAUAAAUUUUUCACUCAUGUCAGUAAAUACUAACAAGAGCAAUUGAUUGCUGGAUGGUGUGGUAAGAGUAUGUUCAGUUUGGUAAGAAAUUGCCAAACUGUCUUCCAAAGUGGCUGUGCCAUUUUGCAUUCUCACAGCAAUGGACAAGAGUUCCUGCUGCUCCACAUCCUUGUCAGCAUUUGGUGUUGUCAGUAUUUUGGAUUUUGGCCAUUCUAAUAGUUGUUUGCGGCUCGCAUUGUUGUUUUGGCCUGUAUUCUUGAAAAAUGUCAAUGGCAUAAUGAGAAAAGCUGAAGAAAAGAAAAGCUAAAAGAUUAGAGACCACUACAUUGUGGAGACAAAUAGAUACAAUACAUAAUUCUGGACUACACUCUGUUCAUGGAGGGGAAAAACAUAAAAGACAUUAUUAGGACAAUUGACAAGACUGGAAUAGGGAAUGUAGAUUAAAUUAUUCUAUUAAUAUGAAAUUUCCUGGAUUUGACUAUUGUCUAAUUUUGUUUUUAGGACCUACAAACUGAAAGAUUAAGGGUCAGGUAGGCUUAAUGUAUGCAACCUGCUUGCAAAUGAUUCAGGAAAAAAAUAUAUAGAUAAAUUUAAAGAAAGGAAAUGUGGCAUAAUAUUAGCAAUUUGGAAUGUGGAUCAUGGAUACAUAAGAGUUGUUUGUACUAUCCUUGCAACUUUUCUGCAAAUUACUUAAAAAAUAAAAAGUUUAAAGAAUUAGAAAAAUAAUAGUUCUGCCUUUAACAUUCCAUCUAUAUCUUUUGAUGCACACACACAUUUCUCGAUCAAUAUUCUGAAGAGUGGAAUCGCGGGGUCAAGGUGUGUGCGUCUUCAACUUGAUCAGCUAAAUAGCUUACAAAGUGCCACUGACAUCCUUAUUAAUUUUAUUUAUUCUUCCUCUCACUGAAAUGUAAGGUCGUUGGCAGUGUUAUCAAAGUGUAGGUCUUGGGCCCUCAGCAUCAGCCUCACCAGGGUGCUGGUUAGAACUGCAAAUCCUCAGACCCUCACUCCAGACUUGCUGAGUCAAAAACGCUGAGAGCACGGCCUAAAAAUCUGCGUUUUCACAAGUCUUCUAAGUGAUGAGAAAGUUUAAGUCGCGCUGUGAUCCGUUAGGGCCGCGCCUGGCUUGCAGGCCGCCAGCUCCAAACAGAUGAACAGUGGAGCCCGGGAGCCCGGGGGCCCGGGUUAGACGACGCAGAACCAGAGGGCAGCGCGCCAUCCCCAGGGCACCGUCCCCGCGCCGGCAGCUUGUCCCGGACCCCCCGGCUGGGUGGGGAAGGGCUGCAGGACGGGGCGGGCCGGAGGCUGCUGUCCCCGCCUCCCAAGCCUUGGGCUCGCCGCGUUGCGCAGUCCUCCGCCUUCCUUGCCUUCUCGUCCCCCUCCUUCCUUCUUUCCUUCCUUCCUUCCGCCGGGCGCGAUGGAGCCGGGGCGCGGGGCUGCCGCGGCGCUGCUGGCGCUGCUGUGCGCGGGCUGUGUGCUGCGCUGCGGGCGCGCCCAGUACGAGCGCUACAGCUUCCGCAGCUUCCCGCGGGACGAGCUGAUGCCGCUCGAGUCGGCCUACCGGCACGCGCUGGACCAAUACAGCGGCGAGCACUGGGCGGAGAGCGUGGGCUACCUGGAGAUCAGCCUGCGGCUGCACCGCCUGCUACGCGACAGCGAGGCCUUCUGCCACCGCAACUGCAGCGCGGUGCCCCAGCCCGAGCCCGCCGCCGGCCUCGCCCACUACCCCGAGCUGCGCCUCUUCGGGGGCCUGCUGCGCCGCGCGCACUGCCUCAAGCGCUGCAAGCAGGGCCUGCCAGCCUUCCGCCAGUCGCAGCCCAGCCGCGAAGUGCUGGCCGACUUCCAACGCCGGGAGCCCUACAAGUUCCUGCAGUUCGCCUACUUCAAGGCGAAUAAUCUUCCAAAAGCCAUUGCUGCUGCUCACACCUUUCUACUGAAGCAUCCUGAUGAUGAAAUGAUGAAGAGAAACAUGGCGUAUUACAAGAGCUUGCCUGAUGCCGAGGACUACAUUAAGGACUUGGAAACCAAGUCAUUCGAGAGCCUGUUCAUCCGGGCGGUGCGGGCCUACAACGGCGAGAACUGGAGGACGGCCGUCACGGACAUGGAGCUGGCCCUUCCCGAUUUCUUCAAAGCCUUUUACGAGUGUCUCGCAGCCUGCGAGGGCUCCAGGGAGAUCAAGGACUUCAAGGAUUUCUAUCUUUCCAUCGCAGAUCAUUACGUAGAGGUGUUGGAAUGCAAACUACAAUGUGAAAAGAACCUCACCCCCGUUAUAGGAGGCUAUCCGGUGGAGAAAUUUGUGGCCACCAUGUAUCAUUAUUUGCAGUUUGCUUAUUACAAAUUGAACGACCUGAAGAACGCAGCCCCGUGCGCAGUCAGCUACCUGCUCUUUGACCACGACGACAAGGUCAUGCAGCAGAACCUGGUGUAUUACCAGUACCACAGGGACAAGUGGGGCCUCUCGGACGAGCAUUUCCAGCCCAGACCAGAAGCAGUUCAGUUCUUUAACGUGACUACACUCCAGAAAGAGCUGUAUGACUUUGCGAAGGAAAAUAUAAUGGAUGAUGAUGAGGGAGAGGUUCUGGAAUAUGUGGAUGACCUCUUGGAGCUGGAGGAGACUGGCUAGUCUGCAGCAGAGAGAUGCCCCUCGAUGUUCAGGAGACAAGGAUUCUUCAUCUUCCUUUCCCCAGUAGCCCACGUUAUUGAUACCUCAAAGCCUUCUCUUUACUCUGUGACGUGAAAGGGAAGCCUCAGCUCUCACUACAUACAAUAAGGGGUGAGCCUGCCUUCCCCAUGACCACACCUGCCUCCCAGGGUCGGCCCAGGCUCACACCUGUCUCCCUCCCCAUCUUCACACCUGCCUUCUCCAUGUUCACGCCUGCCUUUCUCACCAUUUUGGUUGGAAGGACAGUCUUCCAUUUUUUUCCCCCAGAGAAUCACUAGUAUUUUUUAAAUAAGAAAAAUACGCCUAAAAUUAAGUAAUUGUGAAAACCUACUUUGGGUUUUCACUCUUCCAGAUUUUAGACUCCUUUAUCCCCAUGCCCUGAUCCAGGAAAGAUAGUGGAAGACAAAGGCCAAACUUCUCCAUGCCCCCGACAGCCUACACAUGGUCUGACCUGAACCAUUUCCGGCACCCACUGAAAGACAAGUUGGGUAGAUAGUGCAGGCUACAGAAAUACGGCUUUUGCCCAACACUUCUGCAUCUCCAAAGUCUUACAGUGGUUGGUCGGCCCCCCUUGGGGACAAUAGUCAGUUAUAAGUCUCAAAGUUGGGAAUGGAAGAAAGCAGAGAGAGUCUAGUUUCAUUUCAUUCUUUCAAUAAAUAUUUAUUGAGAACCUGCUACAUACUAGACAUUGACCUGGGCACUGGAACUACUGCACAGAAUGACAGAAAAAAAACAAAAAACAAAACCCUGCCUUCUGGAGCCUACAUUCUAUAAGGAGAGACAGACAGCAAAUAAAUAAGAAUAAAUAUA